CAAUACUUUGUGCUACCUCUGUUUUGCCAAGAUAGCAGCUCUGAGUCUUCUCCUGUAAUACCUGAUGAGGUUGGAGAACACUUUUUAAAUCCACUGAGGAUUGUUUUUGUUGCCUCCUUCUUAAAUCCUACAGCAAGGAAUGAAAUCGAGAAAGAAAGAAAAAAGAAAAGAAAAAGAAAAGAAAGAAAGCCCACGCUGCAAACACUUCCUGUAGAUUCCUUCCAAACUUCAUUGAGAGUCGGAGUGUGUCUCUGCGGGCGUUUCAGCCAGUGCGCUGCGCUCUGAUGUCAUCAGGCGGCCACAGCUGGAGCGCCUCUGUAGCGCCAGUGCGUGUGAAAAACGCAUCCUGUGCGGGAACAAACACGCAUCAUACUGCUUUCCACGCAGCGGAGAGUUUCUAUAAGCCUGUUAUUUAUUUAUUUUUGCACCUCGCCUAUUUGAACGAACUAACGGGAAUACGAGGAGAUGGAUAUCAGCGUGAUGCAGAUUUUAAAAGAGGAUCAGUGUCCUACUGCUGGUGUUGAGGAGUGUUUGGUGAACUUGGACUCGCUUUCGGAUGCGCCUCUGAACUCCUCAGGGAAUGAGAGCUGGCCGAGGGAGGUCGAGACCCUGUCCCCCAUCGUGCCUGUCAUCACAGCUGUCUACUCUGUGGUGUUCGUCGUCGGCCUGGUGGGAAACUGCCUGGUGAUGUAUGUCAUUAUAAGAUACACUAAGAUGAAAACAGCCACCAAUAUCUACAUCUUCAAUCUGGCAGUAGCUGACGCCCUCGUGACCACCACCAUGCCCUUCCAGAGCACAGAUUACCUGCUCAACUCGUGGCCCUUUGGAGAAGUGGUCUGCAAGGUCUUCAUCUCCAUCGACUACUACAACAUGUUCACCAGCAUCUUCACUCUCACCAUGAUGAGCGUCGACCGCUACGUGGCCGUGUGCCACCCAGUCAAGGCCUUGGAUUUCCGCACACCCGUCAAGGCCAAGAUCAUCAACAUCCUCAUCUGGGUUUUAUCCUCGGCUGCUGGCAUCCCGGCCAUGGUCCUUGGAAGUACUCAGACCAACAAUGGCACUACAGAGUGUGCUCUGCAGUUCCCUGAGCCCUAUGUCUACUGGGACACUCUGAUGAAGAUCUGUGUAUUCGUCUUCGCUUUCGUGGCACCUCUGCUCAUCAUUAGUGUGUGUUAUACUCUAAUGGUGCUGCGACUGAAGAGCGUUCGCAUGCUCUCAGGCUCACGCGAGAAAGAUCGUAAUCUGCGGCGUAUCACGCGUCUCGUUCUCGUGGUGGUGGCUGUGUUCGUCGUGUGCUGGACGCCCAUUCACAUCUUCAUCCUGGUGAAGGCCCUGGCGCCUGGCGUGCCCGAGACCACAGCCGUCAUGGGCGCCUACUUCUUCUGCGUGGCACUCGGGUACACUAACAGCAGCCUCAACCCCAUCCUCUAUGCCUUUCUGGAUGAGAAUUUCAAGCGCUGCUUCCGUGAUUUCUGCUGCCUGACACGAAGCAAAGCAGACGGAGUGGGCGUGACACGGGUCAGGAGCACCCUCCGCGAGCACACGUGCCAGGUAGAGGGCAGAGGUGAGAGAGGCCGUGGCAGAUCGGUAUGACUAGCUGUGGAGCUCUCCUCCUUCCAAGGCCUGGAAAUCUCCAAUGACCUGGGAUUGACACAGAUCACCACCACCUUCUGAGGAGGAAAUGGACGAAGACGGGCCUUUUACGGUGUGAGAGCCACAUCCUUACGGAGCACGUAAAAAAGAAUCGUUCCAUAACGUAGUGUCUAAAACAAGUAUCUCAUUCCACUUAUGGUUAGCCAUAUCCAUUUUUCUAGAUUCACUUCUGCAGUCUUAUUAAUGAAUACUAAAUGCUUAUCUCAGUAGUUUAACUGAACAUCGUCUUACUACCUAGAAUGUCCGAAGGCUUCAGCAGCGCUUCAGACACCAGCUCCAGCGCUCCGUCAAAUCAGCUGAUUUGCCUGCAAUGCGACGUUCUGAAACUUCUACAUCAUGCACAUGUUCUCGAGGCUUCAAUUCUCGCUGUUCAUGAACUCGGCUGAAAUAUCAGUCCCUACCCAACUCCCACAGACCUUCACGUGCCAUAUUUCCCAUGUCCGAUUGCUCCCGAGCCAGAUACCAAAGACAGUGUCUGAUAAAUCACGAAUGACGGUUGUAGGCGACGCUCUGUAUCCGAGUAUUACACAACUGAAUUCUCCAUCUAAGUGCAUUAUAAACAAAAAAUGGAGUUGGAUGCAAUGGGCUUUACUUCACAUGUGGGAAUUUAAAAAAGAAGAACUGUGUGGACAUGUGAUUGGGGAUAACUUUUAUCAAGACUGUGAAUUAAGCAUUCAAUACGUACGUGUAGAAAACGUAUAAAUUUCACCAGUGAACCACGAUCAUAACGUGGGAUUCAGUGUCUGGUUUAUUGUUGUUUUUUUUUUAAAUCGUCAUGAGCAACACUUAUCUGCGUCAGCAGGGGAAUCACCGUUAUACAUAUUAUACAUAGACGUAAACUAAUGCCGAUUGCUGCUUUUCGCUACAUUUUGUAAUUGAUCGUGUGUAAAAAAAUAAAUAAAUAAAUAACACUUUUAGAAAAGUGCUUCUUAGCGUAAAAACAAAAAAAAAUUUUUUUUUUUUUUAAAAAUCAGUAUCAAAUUUGAUAUUUAGUGACGGUUAGAAAUAUUUCGUAUCAAAAGAGGUAUCAAGAAAACGAUUUCUAGACCUCUUGCUGCGAAUCUUAUUUGUAGUAUUUGGACAGAGGGCUCUACAAAUGCUAAAAACUUGAAUCUGUUGUUAAGUCGUAUAUGUUCGAUACCAUUUGGUGUCUUACGCGGAAGAACAUAGUUCAUGGUGACAUUCUGAACGGAAUAUCGUUGUCAGUAAAGUUCAUUAGAUUUCAUCUAAAGGUAUUAAAUAACCAUGUGAUAAAUUAUGCUACGGUAUUUUUUUUCUUUUUUUUUCUUUUUGGAUAAUGUCUAAAGCAGCGCGCUGUGCGUCGUUAAGGAAAGGUCAUUAGCGUCAGAUAUUGACGUGUUUGUGUUUGGUCAUCUUUAUUUAAUGAUCAUGCGGUGUUGUAUAUUAAUGUAAGUGCUGACUAUGUGAAUGGGUUUGCCUGUAGAUACAGUAACGAUUAGUGACAACAUCUGUGGCUCUACAAAUCAACAUUCUUAAACACUGUCAGGAGAGAGGGGAUUGGAUUAUAUUUUAAACAUUUAUAUAUAUAUAUAUAUAUAAUUUACAAUAUGUCAUGUCACCUUUUUUUGGAGCAGUAUCUUUUCCAUUGUACAGUUGUACAGUAUGAGAUCUUGCUGUUUUGUUUGUGUUUGUUUAUCACUUUCGAUUGAUGCACUUUCUUUUGUAAAAUGUAAACACAGUAACCGACUAUUUGACGAUGGGGAGCCAUAUCUGUAGGUAGCACUGUGGUGCAACUCACAAGGGUCCCUAGUUUGAUCCUGAGCUUGAGAUUCGCAUGCUCUCGCCAUUGUCGUUUGGAUUGUCUGGUUUCCUCCCACCUCCCCCCCCAAAAAAUCAAGAUGGUAGAUGAUUUGGUGUGUGUGUGUGUGUGUGCGGAGGGGGGAGGGAGUAGGGGCCGGGAUGGCGAUUGCACGCAUGGUGCCCUGUGAUGGAUUGACGUCACACAGGGUGUUCCCAGCAUUCCCAGGCUCUCCUUAACCCUGAACAGGAUAAAGUGGUUCCUGAAGAUGAAUGAAUGCGUCUUGUCUGUGUAGCUACAGUAUUACGUGGCUUGUAUGUAACUUGUAAAAGCUAUUACUAAAUUCAACGG